CAUUAUACUUUGAGGUGUAUCGUGCAACAGCUAUAAAAGUUCACGGGCGGUUUCUCAAAUUAUCCCUAUUAUUGCAUCAUCCCUUGCUCCAGAAAUUCGCCAUGCCACUGCUAGAGUAGAAAACAGUAGCGGGAUACCGAGUUUGCUAUCUUUUGUAGUCCGUAAUACUAAAUACCAGCAAGAAGAACUAAGAAAGAAUUGAGGAGACCGGUUUCCAUCCGCAAAGCAAAGAACUUCACCACCCCACAUCUCUAUCUGUGCCUCUCUGGAUUCAAGCUUUUCACAGUACCAAAACAAAAUACUAUUGCAAGUGCACUGGUUGCAAUAAGAGGACCUUGCAGCAAAGGUUGUUCUUCAGCUACUAAAAUAAAAGGCAGUCGUGGUUACAACAAAUGGAUGCAUUGAGGCUGCAGUCUUGUUUCUCACCUAUUCAAAUAGAAGGCAGAAAAGAUUCUUCUUCAUGCUAUGGUGAUCUCUCUAUGAGGAGAAAGAAACAGAACCAUACUGUUUUAGCAUCAACCUGGAUGUCUAUGAACGGCCUAUCCAGAUCGCCUUCAUGGGUUCAUGGGUUCAGAAAAUAUAGGUUAAAGACUACUAAAGCGGUGGAUGUAUCAGAGGCGGAGGAUGGGAAGGAGAAAGGAAGCAAAAAAUCUGGUGAAAAUUCUAUACCUGAUGAUGCCUUCGAUAUGGAUGAUGAAGAGAGGCAGGAAUGGAGGAAAAAAAUUAGGGAAGUGAUCAGUAAGAACCCUGCCGUUGAUGAAGAGGCAGAUCCUGAUGAACGUAGAAAAAAGAUGCAAAAGCUUUUGGUUGAUUAUCCUCUUGUUGUUGACGAAGAUGACCCCAAUUGGCCAGAAGAUGCUGAUGGUUGGGGUUUCAGCUUAGGUCAAUUCUUCAACAAGAUUACCAUUAAAAAUGUCAAGAAGGAUGAUGAUGACAACUAUGAUAGUGAAAAUGAAAUUGUGUGGCAAGAUGAUGAUUAUAUCCGUCCAAUUAAGGACAUAACAUCUGCAGAAUGGGAAGAGGCAGUGUUCAAGGACAUCAGUCCUUUAGUUGUUCUUGUACAUAACCGUUAUAAAAGACCAAAGGAAAAUGAAAAGAUUAGGAAUGAAUUGGAGAACGCUGUGCAUAUCAUAUGGAACUGCAGGCUACCAUCUCCUAGAUGUGUAGCAAUUGAUGCUGUUAAGGAGCUCGGUUUGGUCUCUGCUCUACAAGUCUCUGUUUUCCCGGAGCUCAUAUUUAUUAAAGCAGGGAAAAUCUUACAUCGCGAGAAAGCGAUUCGAACGGCAGAUGAGUUGUCAAGAAUGAUGGCAUUCUUUUACUUUGGAGCAGCAAUGCCACCCUGUCUUAGUGGCAUUAAGAACAGUGAAGAAGAUGUUCCCUCCUAUAGUUCGAACAUGCAGUAAAUUGGUAUACUGCUACCAUGUAUCAGUGGCUUAAUAGAAGUUAGCCUAAAUAUGAAAGUUGAAGCAAAGAUCUGCUGCUCUGCUUCUUUAACCGUUCGAGGCGGUAUUAUCACCUACAUGAGUUGCCUGUUAAGAACUUCUUCCUGGUGUCGAUAUUCUCAUUUCAACAGCACAAAGUUCCCUUCCUAGUUACAAAGAGAAAGGGGCUACUGGCUAAUCCAUGAUUUAAGUAGGUCGUGGUUGAAGGCUAGCAUAAUGAAAGGCUGAAGGUACAGAAGGACAGCUCAAUUGGAUAAAACAGUGUGGGACGUUGCUGCUAGCCUGCAAAUGGCUUCUUAUAACUUAGCUUUAGAUAUGAGCCUGUGAGAUUAUUCAUUACGAGAUGCACAUCAUGUAUUAGAUUAUGUUGCAAGAAUGCUCUUUUGUUUCUCUGAGGUUCCUGUUUAUUAGACUAAAACAAAAAUCACUGGUAGUGGUUACAGAGAUAGAGUAGAUGUUAACUCCAUGCUCCUUUUAAACAAAUAUCAUUGCAUCAAUACUUGAGGGUGUCUGAUAUCAGAGUACAAAUGCUGUUCAAACUUUCUUCAA